AUGAAGAGGAAUGUCUCCCCAGCAAGGACAUCUUCAGCCCAGGGGUCCCCGGCCCGGGCUUCUCCAACUGGGGUGUCCCCAGCCCGAGUAUCACCGUCCAGGUCAUCUUCUGGCAGGUCAUCAUCUACCAGGUCAGCCUCCACAACAGUGUCUCCAACCAGAGUGUAUCUUGUUAGAGCAACACCAGUGGGGGCAGUACCUGUCCGAGCAUCUCCUGCCAGGGCACCACCGGCUACCAGGACCACUGUGGAGAGCUCAGGUCUCAGCUUGCCCAAGUUCACCUGGCAGGAGGGCCAGAAGCGUCUGCCACUCAUCGGGUGCAUCCUCCUCCUCAUCGCCCUCAUGGUGUCACUCAUCCUGCUCUUCUACUUCUGGCAAGGCACCAAAGGGAUCAAGUACAAGGAGCCAAUUGAGAGCUGCCCCAAACAUGCUGUUCGCUGUAAUGGGGUGGUGGACUGCAAGUUCAAGAGUGAUGAGCUGGGCUGUGUGAGAUUUGACUGGGACAAGUCUCUGCUUAAAGUCUACUCUGGAACCUCCCAUAAAUGGCUUCCUGUCUGCAGUGACAGCUGGAAUAACUCCUACUCGGAGAAGACCUGCCAACAGCUGGGCUUUGAGAGUGCUUACCGGACAACUGAGGUGGCCCAUGGGGACUUUGCCAGCAGUUUUUUAGUCUCUGAAUACAAUUCCACCAUCCAGGAAAGCCUCCACAGAUCUGAAUGCCCAUCCCAGCACUAUGUCUCUCUCCAGUGUUCCCACUGUGGAUUGAGGGCCAUGACCGGGAGGAUCGUGGGUGGGGCGUUGGCCCCUGAGAGCAAGUGGCCUUGGCAAGUUAGUCUCCACUACGGCACCACCCACAUUUGCGGGGGCACGCUGAUCGAUGCCCAGUGGGUGCUCACUGCUGCCCACUGCUUCUUUGUAAGCUUUGGAGGGCUCUCUGCUCACAUUCACCCUGCCUGCCUCCCCAUGCAUGGACAGACCUUCAGUCUCAAUGAGACCUGCUGGAUCACAGGCUUUGGCAAGACCAAGGAGACAGAUGACAAGACAUCCCCUUUCCUCCGGGAGGUGCAGGUCAACCUCAUUGACUUCAAGAAAUGCAAUGACUACUUGGUCUAUGACAGUUACCUUACUCCCAGGAUGAUGUGUGCAGGGGACCUUCGGGGAGGCAGAGACUCUUGCCAGGGAGAUAGCGGGGGGCCUCUUGUCUGUGAGCAGAACAACCGCUGGUACCUGACAGGAGUCACCAGCUGGGGCACAGGCUGUGGCCAGAGAAACAAACCCGGUGUGUACACCAAAGUGACAGAAGUCCUCCCCUGGAUCUACAGCAAAAUGGAGAGUGAAAUGCGCUUCCGGAAAUCCUAG